AUGUGUAUUCACGAAAUAGUGGGCGACUACCAUCGCGGCUGCCAGCAUUUCCAUGGCCGAUACUACACAGGUCAAGUGACGGAUUGUAAUUCGGAAAAUUGCAAGUCCAGCAAAGCUCACAAGCAUACAGCCCGGAACUGCGGCUGCAUAGCGGUUGUUACCGAUGACCGACGAGUGCAAAACCUCAUACAGACGAAGCAUGAAGAUUGCCAGCCAGCUUUUCGUGGUCAUGAAGAAUCUUAG